GAGCGGCGAGCAGUUAUUUGACUAUCACUGCAGUAUGGAAAAUGAGCACCCGGGACACCUAGGAGUUAUUUCAAAGGAGAUUUUGAAGGAGAGCUGUUUCAUUUCAAUCUAAUGGAUCACCGGACUGUUUUGCUGGCGUUUCUCUGCUUUCUGCUCGUCACUGUGCGCUCAGAAGUGCAGAAAGAUUUCUCACCCGAAUGCCGUGAGUUUAUGUAUAUGGGCACUCCCCCACGGGGUCUGGAGAACCGAUCACUUAAAAAGAUCUGUCAGCGUUAUAACGGCAAGCCUCGGUAUGUCACUCUGUAUGAUGUGGUGGAUCACAUCCCGGUGUAUUCUGCAUACACUUUCAAGCGCUCCGACGGCUUCAAGAAGGUUGAUGUUCCUUGGAUGUUCGAGCCUCAGCUCUCCACAGCAUCAGACUCUGGUGAGAUGCAACCAUUUCCUCCCAAUGAUGUCCAUGACAGUUUUUCAGACGCCCAGGCUGUCUUGGAAGACUACUCAAACAUUGUUGACUUCGAACGAGGCCAUUUGAACCCCGACGAGCACCAGGCUCACCCCGAUGACAAGGCAGCCACGUAUACCCUCACCAAUGUGGUCCCACAGAUCCGCGAGUUCAACGUGGGCCACUGGAAACAACACGAGCACAUCAUCCGCCGUCGACUCAACAACUACUGCCGCGGCAAGGCGUACAUAGUCACGGGGGUCACCACGUCUGGUAGGAUGAUCCGUAGGUACAACACCGACCGAGUGGCCGUUCCAACCUACCUGUGGUCGUCCUACUGCUGCAUCGAUUACGAUCACAAUGCCCCGUUUGAUGAGCGAUCCAAAUUCCCGGCCUUCGCAGCCUAUGGGCUCAACGAGAAAGAAGGAGCAGAGGUCACAGAGAUGUCUGUGCAGCAAAUUGAAGAUUUUUUGAAGAAGAACACCUUUGUGGACAAAAGGUUUCAGAUUUUCUUUGGGAACUGUGAGCCUAAUGAUGCCAUAAUGGCAGGGCAGACUUAGGUGUCUUCAUCCUGCUUCUCUUGACUUGUCGAUACCUAAAUUCAUAAACACAUUUUCAAACAUCAUUCAACUGUCAGAAUUGUGUUCUGUAGAAUGAAUACCAUAUGAUCUUAAAUAAAAGGCUCCAAUUAGAUUUUAUAACUUAAUGAGACAGAAAAAUAAUUUAUUCUAGAUUCCACUGAAAACAUUCUUUAGUUCUUUAGAAAACUAUUUUUGCAUCUACACUACCGCUCAAAAGUUUAGGGUCAGUAAGAUUUUUGAAAGAAGUGUG